CUGAGUUUAAGAUAUAGUAUAAAAUGGCAGGAUUGCUGACAUAUGCAAAAAUAUCUCUGAGUUUUAGCAGCCGUGCUGUUAUAAAUACUUCACUUCGAACAUUCGCAUCCACAACUAAAAAGACGACUGCGAAGAAGAGCGGUGGAGCGAAGAAGAGUAAAAAGUCGACAGAUGAAGCCCAAAACAUUGCACCCGAGGGGAUAACGAUUCCACAAGACCCGGCGAGUUACGAAGAGUACUCAAAAAGCUACAAAUGUCCAGAAUAUUAUGAGCAUAAUGAUUUGUCAUAUUAUGAUAUGGAGAAUAGCAUGUCUAGCCAUAGAUUGCCACAACCGAGCGCGCUGUAGUUUGUUUUUUUCUUCUCCUUGUAAAUGUUUUUGUUUUGAAUAAUUUCGUUCUUAGAA